UCUGCAAUGUAGUGAGGAGGAGCAGCUCCAAGCCAACUUUUUUUUUUCUUCCUCCUGCUGGUGUUGUGCAUGCACUUUUCUGAGGAGCAGUCUGCCGCUGUGGCGGUUCCUGAGGUGGCAGAACACCCUCUGCAACCUCAGCUCACUUUUUAAGCCACUCUGAGCCACCAACCAAGAACACAAAGUCUAGAUUAUAAAGACGACAGAUAGAGCUGAAAAUAGACCCUUCUGCUGGAGGAAAUCCAAGACUUUGAAAAGCUGAAUAACUGCUUUUUUUUUUGGGGGGUUGUGUGUGUGUGUGUGUGCGUGUGCGUGUGUGUGUGUGUGUGUGUGUGUGUGACACAGUGUCUGAGAUACUGCUGCUCUGAAGGGGAGACUCACACUGCAGUUUUUAGAGGAUGGCAGAGGAGUCCAAAGGGAGAUGAAAAGAGGAGAGCAGUAGAGGUUUGUGUGCGGAACUUCAGAGCUGCACACGUCUUUUGUCCUGAGCUCUGCCUGCACACUUGGACCGGAGCUGACAAUGAAGAUGAGCAUGGAAUGCAGAUGGAUCGGUCAAGACAAGUUACCAAUAUAGAGCUUCCUGUUUGGAGUUACACCUGAGAGUGACUGAGUCUGAUGGAUUACGCUGUUUUCUAUGAGCUGCUGACAUGAAUUCAGAGGCCAGUGAGAUGUGGAAGUGCUCGCCUUCAGGAGAAAUCUGAGACCUGGAUGAGCCCUCGAGCACGAAGAGAACAUUUAAGUGAAGGAGACAAACCAUGGACUUGUUAUGGUGUGGCAUCGGACCGACCGUGUGCUUUUAACCCGUUUGUAGCACCCUCUACCCCUCACCCCAUGUCACAGCUUUCCCUGAAUUAUGGAAAUUUUGUGGAAGACGCUGACUUGGACACUGAGCCUCGUGGUGAUGGCUGCUUCUGAAUUUCAAAGCAUCAACAGACCUUCACACAACUCUCAAGAGGAGUUCCUGUCCUACCUGCAGCACUACCAGCUGACUGUCCCGGCGCUGGUGGAUGAGAACGGAGAGUUCCUGAGCUACACUGUGAAGCACCACCGGCCGGGCCGACGGAGACGCGGGGCGGUGGACCCCAUGAUGGGACAGCCUCCUGCGUUAGACCCGGACCCCCCAGAGUCCCGGCUCUUCUACAGACUGUCAGCCUACGGAAAGCACUUUCACUUAAACCUGACGCUCAACCCCCACCUGGUGUCAAAACAUUUUACAGUGGAGUAUUGGGGCAAAGAAGGGCUGGAGUGGCGUCACAACCUGGUAGAUAACUGUCACUAUGUUGGAUUCUUGCAAAAUCAGCACAGCACGACCAGAGUGGCGCUCAGCAACUGCAAAGGCCUGCACGGUGUUAUAACAACAGAGGACGAACAGUAUUUGAUAGAGCCAUUAAAGAACAUAUCCUCCACCACCUCCGGUGAAUGGAACCUGGAAGAAGCACAGCAACAUGUUAUUUAUAAAAUGUCUGCCAUUCCCUCACCACAAGAGCAUAGCCAGGAGUUCAGCUGUGGCAUUUCAGACCUCAUCAAAAGCAGUGCACCUUGCCAGUUCAGCACGCCAUCCCCUGUCCACUCGCCCCCCGCACCUCAGAACGACAGCGAGCAGUCGAACAGCACCCACAGACAGAGGCGCUCCGUUAGCAGCGAGCGCUUCGUGGAGACGCUUGUGGUCGCUGAUAAAAUGAUGGUCGGUUACCAUGGACGCAAAGACAUUGAGCACUACAUCUUGUCUGUAAUGAAUAUUGUUGCCAAACUUUACCGUGAUGCCAGUCUAGGAAAUGUUGUGAACAUUAUUGUGACCCGGUUGAUUGUUCUGACUGAAGAUCAGCCAAACCUGGAGAUCAACCAUCAUGCUGACAAGUCUCUGGAUAGUUUCUGUAAGUGGCAGAAGUCCAUCCUGUCUCAUCACAGCGAUGGCAACAGCAUUCCUGAAAAUGGGAUGGCUCAUCAUGACAACGCUGUCCUAAUCACCCGGUAUGACAUCUGCACCUACAAGAACAAACCCUGUGGUACCUUAGGCUUGGCCUCAGUGGCUGGAAUGUGCGAGCCAGAGAGGAGCUGCAGCAUCAAUGAAGACAUCGGCCUCGGUUCUGCUUUCACCAUUGCGCACGAGAUCGGCCACAAUUUUGGGAUGAACCACGAUGGGAUUGGGAAUUCCUGCGGUACCAAAGGCCACGAGACGGCCAAACUGAUGGCCGCCCAUAUAACAGCCAACACCAACCCUUUCUCCUGGUCCGCCUGCAGCAAAGACUACAUCACCAGCUUUCUCGACUCAGGUCGGGGGACGUGUCUGGACAAUGAACCUCUGAAACGAGACUUCCUGUACCCAACAGUGGCCCCGGGGCAGGUGUACGAUGCAGACGAGCAGUGUCGCUUCCAGUACGGAGCCUCCUCACGCCAGUGCAAGUAUGGGGAAGUGUGUAGAGAGCUCUGGUGCCUUAGCAAAAGCAACCGCUGUGUAACUAACAGUAUCCCUGCUGCAGAGGGGACCCUGUGCCAGACCGGCAGCAUUGACAAAGGGUGGUGCUACCAAGGGGAGUGUGUGGCGUUCGGUACCUGGCCUCAGAGUGUGGACGGAGGCUGGGGGCCCUGGUCCAUGUGGGGGGAGUGCAGCAGGACCUGUGGGGGCGGUGUAUCCUCCUCCAUGAGGCACUGUGACAGCCCAGCCCCGUCUGGAGGAGGCAAGUACUGUCUCGGAGAGAGGAAACGUUACAGAUCCUGUAACACCGACGCCUGCCCUGUAGGAUCUCGUGAUUUCCGAGAGAAGCAGUGCGCUGAUUUUGACAGCAUGCCUUUCCGUGGAAAGUACUACAACUGGAAGCCUUACACUGGUGGUGGCGUGAAGCCCUGUGCGCUGAACUGCUUGGCAGAGGGCUAUAAUUUCUACACAGAGCGCUCUCCUGCAGUCAUAGACGGCACCCGAUGUCAGGCUGACUCUCUAGACAUCUGCAUCAAUGGAGAGUGUAAGCAUGUAGGCUGCGACAACAUCCUGAGCUCUGAUGCUAAAGAAGACCGGUGCCGCGUGUGUGGAGGCGACGGCAGCACCUGCGAGGCGACCGAGGGCCUCUUCAACGAGUCUCUCCCCAGAGGAGGCUACAUGGAGGUGGUUCAGAUCCCAAAAGGAUCGGUUCACAUCGAGAUCAAAGAACUUGCCAUGUCGAAGAAUUAUAUCGCUUUGAAAUCCGAAGGGGAUGAUUAUUACAUCAACGGAGCGUGGACCAUCGACUGGCCCAGGAAGUUUGACAUCGCGGGGACGGCCUUCCACUACAAGAGACCCUCUGAUGAACCGGAGUCUUUAGAGGCGCUGGGAGCCACCACUGAAAACCUGAUUGUCAUGGUCCUCCUUCAGGAACAGAACAUGGGAAUACGCUACAAGUUCAACGUGCCCAUCCAGCGCACAGGAAGUGGCGACAACGAGGUGGGCUUCUCCUGGCACCACCUGCCCUGGUCUGAAUGCUCGGCUACCUGCGCUGGAGGUUCCCAGAAGCAGGAAGUGGUGUGUAAGAGGCUGGAUGAUAACUCGGUGGUCCAGAACAGCUACUGUGACCCAGACAGCAAACCUCCAGAGAACCAGAGAGACUGCAACACUGAGCCGUGUCCUCCAGAGUGGUUUAUUGGCGACUGGUCAGAGUGCGGGAAGACGUGUGACGGCGGUAUGAGGACGAGGACGGUGCUGUGUAUCAGGAAGAUUGGCCCUGCUGAGGAGGAGACACUGGAGGACACCCACUGUCUGACUCACCGCCCCAUCGAACGAGAGUCAUGCAACAACCAGUCCUGCCCGCCGAAGUGGGUCACUCUGGAUUGGUCAGAGUGCACGCCAAAAUGUGGCCCUGGCUUCAAGCACCGCAUCGCCUUGUGUAAGAGCAGCGACCUGACCAAGACCUUCCCGCCCGCCCAUUGCCCGAGCCACAACAAACCUCCGGUCCGAAUCCGCUGCAGUUUAGGACGCUGUCCUCCUCCUCGCUGGAUCCCUGGCGAAUGGGGACAGUGUUCGGCCCAGUGCGGCCUCGGCCAGCAGAUGAGGACGGUGCAGUGCCUGUCCUACACCGGGCAGCCGUCUAACGAGUGCGCAGAGUCCCUCCGACCCACCACGAUGCAGCAGUGUGAGAGCAAGUGCGACGCCACCCCCAUCUCCAAUGGCGACGAAUGCAAAGAUGUAAACAAAGUGGCCUACUGCCCGCUGGUACUGAAGUUCAAGUUCUGCAGCCGCGCGUACUUCAGACAGAUGUGCUGCAAGACCUGCCAGGGACACUGACCCUGGGAGCACGAGAGCGAGACACAGAGAGAGAGAGAGAGAGAGAGAGAGAGCGAGAGAGAGAUGGAGGGAGGCUGAUACGGCACUGAAUGGGAGAGAUGAAUUAGUAAGGAUCUCCCUGUUUAUCACACCCGAUCCUCCUGCCCUCCAUCGUGGUGGAAUCCAAACCACUGCUCAGCCCACAACGCUGACACAAACUUAUUAUUUUUUUUAAUUUUCACUUCUGUGAAGUGGAACUCGGAAGAUUAUUUGUUGGUGAUGUUAUUUUUAUUAUAAUAAUAAUUAUUAAUAUCAUUCUUAGUCUUCCUUCGUGUUUGUUGUUUUAUGAAUCCAAAGUGCUGGACACAUCACUCGCAGAGGAUGUACCCCGGAGAUGGACAGAUGGAGGGGAGGACUCCCCACCAGAAGAGGGGUGGGGGGGAUGGGAGUUGAAAGUGUCGGACUCCUGUCUUUGGGUGAUGGUGCUAUUGGCAGGCAGACGUUUGGCUUCGGUGCACUUUUUCAUGUAAAUACUUUGCCAAUUUACCGCUCAAAUACGACAGAGAAACCCCAUCAGUGUACUGUAUAUUUAUUGUACAAUUCCAAACAGAGCUGAGAUAUUGUCGUCUGAUCAUGUUUGUGUCAGAUAGUAGCCUACUGUCAUGGAAGGGAAUGUAAUGUGAUUGAAUUCAUAUUCAAUGUCUCUGUGCUGGAAUGGAAAUAUUACAUACUGUAACAUACGUUAAACCCUUAUAUACUGUAAGGAUUUGUAUAUUAUAUAUGAUGUUUAUCCAGGACUAGAAAAUACCACGUGGUUAUAGGAGGAUUUUAUCACUUUUUCUUUCCCCAGACGGGUGCCUUAGUUCCUAACACUCAAAAUAAAACUUCACCCAGUGUCAGUCAUUAGUGCAAAAGUAGUAUGAAGAUAUUGUCAGACUGUGCCUGGGCCGCAUGAAACACUGUUACCAAACUGGCCUUUUCUACACGUCCCAUUGAGGAGCUUUCAGUUCACUAUUGAAGGAUUCAUUUUGAAGGAGCAGAUUCUAUGAAGCAGCUUGUUCAUUGGAAUCACAGUGCAGUCACUAUUUCUUACUAUUUUCUGGAUUAUCAGUCAUAUUUCUGUAUUUCAGCAGCAGGCGAGGACUGACAUGGUUUAAGAGCUGAUAAAGGAGUAGUUUGGGGAAAUGUUUGCCUUCUUGCCGAGAGUUAGAUGAGAAGAUUGAUACCACUCUUCUGUCUGUACUAUAAAUAUGAAGCUUUAGCAAGGAGGCAGUUAGCUUAGCUUAGCAUAAAGACUGGAAGCAAGGGGAAACCGCUAGCCUGUCUCUGUCCAAACGUAACAUCCACCUGCCUGCACCUAAAGCUUACUAAUUAACUAGUUAUAUCAUAUUUAUUUAAUCUCAGAGUUUAAAACUAUGCAUUACAUAUAACUUUUUGGAUUCGAAUCGGUGUAGCCUGAUGGGUAUAUUAAGGAGAUCUGGCACCCUGUCUACAUGAAUGAUAUACAAUGAUGUAAUCAUUUCGGGGGUUUAUGAUGCUCAGAAAAAUGUUUUACAGACGUUACGUUUCCAAUGAUUGUGUGUGGGGAAACUGUGCAGAAGUUGCAAUACCCCAUGUGGCCACUAGGCCAAAAUCAAUUCACUGUCCAGUUCCGUUCCGUUCCUGGAGGUUUGGUCCAGCACAUUAACCCCCCGUAAAAGGUUCCACACUUUGAUUUUGAGCGGAUUAAACUAACAAGAUAAAACAAGUUAACAGACUUUUUUCACAGCAGCCACUUUGAAAUGAAAUAGUAGGGCAAACACAGGCGUUACUAAUGAUACUGAUUAAGGUUCUGGUCCAUUCAGGUCAAACAGUAAUGGAACAUAUGUGUGCCCUACUUUUUUUGUCUGCUGUGAAAAAGGUCUGUUGGUGAGCUUUAGAGUUGCUGCCAGGCUAGGAGUUUCCCCUUGUUUCCAGUCUUUGUGCUAAGCUAACCAUUUCUUGGCUGUAGUUUCAUAUUUAGUGAACGGACAUGAGUCGCAUUAAUCUUCUCGACCAAUUCUCAGCAGAAAAGUGACCAAGCAUAUUUUCCCAAAAUGUCUGUCUAUUCCUUUAAGUAAGUGCUAAAUAAACACACACAUCACAUUCAUCGUGGACAUGUUGCCAGACCACGUAUCCGCCCCCCCUGCCCCACCCUCAGAUAAAGUUACCCCCUCGUCCUCUUUCCUCUCAUCAUCUUUGUCCCUCAGCGGAAAACACAAAUACAGCCAACUCAAGGGUGCUUUCCCCCUCUUUUAUUUUAUUGUUUUUUUUUAUUUCCAUGGAGUACUGUGUUUACCUCUUCUUUUCCUCCUGCUCUGCUCCGAGGGUUACAGCCUUCCCAGGCUUCUGGUGCUAUCAAGUGGGUGCUUCCAUUCAACCCUCUCCAGUGUGCUUAAAAGUGAGGCUGGAUCCAAACAAUAUGAAAUAAUAUCCUUGUCAAUAUCUCUGUUGGUAAAUGCUGGUCAUGUUAUUGUUCUGUUUGUAUCUGUUUAUACCUCACACUGGGAAUUUUCAUUGUUAACCUUGUAUUGUUGUUUGUGCUACCAACAAAAUGGACACUCGCCCAGUUGUAACUGACCCUAUUACAUGUCUGCGGGUGUAGGGGGUCGUGAAAGGGAACACCUAUGAUCUCCAUCACACUUUAUGGAGGUACAGCGGGAGAAACAAUGUAGGAGUGUGCAAGAAUCUCAUCGAAGCUGUUAACAACUAAUUUCUAAUUUUGCUGCUGCUACAUUUUUUUGUAGCCACCGUCAGUAUGACAAUGUCGAGCAGAUUUUUAUUGGUUACCAAACCUUGAGGCAGUUGGGAAAGGACAGUGGAUGCUGAGAAGCAUUUGAAAUCAGUUGAAUAUUUCAAACUGCAAUGGACUAACUCAUCCACUGGCUGUGGGAUGCGGAGCCUCCAGAAAAAGAGAAGUGAAAUCAAUCAAACUGGUACUCAUUGCUGUGAACUUGGAUGUUUGAAUGUCACAUUGCUUAUACCUGUACCUAAAGUGCAAGAGAAAUGAAAAGCAUCAUGUGAUUAUUUGCGUAUAUUUUAUAUUCAGUAUUAAUGUUGGUACACUGUUACUAAUUUUUUUUUUUUCAAAUGUAAAUUAUAUGCUAAUUUAUUGCGUUGUCUCACUUGUACAUUUAUUUCACUGCAUGCAAACUGAAAUUCAGCACAGUGAAAAAAAUGCAGUGAUACAGCCCUUCACCAGCCCCCUUUUUUUUAAAAGUAGAUACAAUAAAAGAGCAGCUUUUAAAGAGA